GCUUAAAAAUUUCUGUGUCUUACACAGAAGAUAGAAAAAAUAGAGUGUCUCCAAUUGGAUGGAUUUUUAAAAAAAUUUGGUUAUUGUAAUGAAUUUAUUUUUUCUUAGAGCCGAGCUGAUUGUACUUUGGCCAACUAAUGGGUUAAUACUGUCAAGGGAAAUUAGCCCUGACUAAACAUUGCCGCUGGCUCAGGAAUGCACUAGGCUUGGGGCAGUAUAAAAACUCAGAGAAAUCAGUGUGUAGGAGACACAGAAAUCAGUGUCACUCAGUGACAGAAGCAACAAUAAUUGUGAAAAAUACUUCAGCAGUUAUGGACUCAUCUGUCAUUCAAAGGAAAAAAGUAGCUGUCAUUGGUGGUGGCUUGGUAGUAGGGAUGCGAGGGUGAGAAUUCCAGAGAAGAAAAAGACAAGGAAGAAGAAAACAAAUAAGAUAACUUCAGUUGAAGAGAAGCACUAUGAAAGAAAUGAAAACAGGGUUGGCUCAUUACAAGCAUGCUUUCUUGCAAAGAGGAAUUUCCAGAUUGAUGUAUAUGAAGCUAGGGAAGAUAGUCGAGUGGCUACCUUCACACGUGGAAGAAGCAUUAACUUAGCCCUUUCUCAUAGAGGACGACAAGCCUUGAAAGCUGUUGGCCUGGAAGAUCAGAUUGUAUCCCAAGGUAUUCCCAUGAGAGCAAGAAUGAUCCACUCUCUUUCAGGAAAAAAGUCUGCAAUUCCCUAUGGGACAAAUUCUCAGUAUAUUCUUUCUGUAAGCAGAGAAAAUCUAAACAAGGAUCUAUUGACUGCUGCUGAGAAAUACCCCAAUGUGAAAAUGCACUUUAACCACAGGCUGUUGAAAUGUAAUCCAGAGGAAGGAAUGAUCACAGUGCUUGGAUCUGACAAAGUUCCCAAAGAUGUCACUUGUGACCUCAUUGUAGGAUGUGAUGGAGCCUAUUCAACUGUCAGAUCUCACCUGAUGAAGAAACCUCGCUUUGAUUACAGUCAGCAGUACAUUCCUCAUGGGUACAUGGAGUUGACUAUUCCACCUAAGAAUGGAGAUUAUGCCAUGGAACCUAAUUAUCUGCAUAUUUGGCCUAGAAAUACCUUUAUGAUGAUUGCACUUCCUAACAUGGACAAAUCAUUCACAUGUACUUUGUUCAUGCCCUUUGAAGAGUUUGAAAAACUUCUAACCAGUAAUGACGUGGUAGAUUUCUUCCAGAAAUACUUUCCGGAUGCCAUCCCUCUAAUUGGAGAGAAACUCCUAGUGCAAGAUUUCUUCCUGUUGCCUGCCCAGCCCAUGAUAUCUGUAAAGUGCUCUUCAUUUCACUUGAAAUCUCACUGUGUACUGCUGGGAGAUGCAGCUCAUGCUAUAGUGCCGUUUUUUGGGCAAGGAAUGAAUGCGGGCUUUGAAGACUGCUUGGUGUUUGAUGAGUUAAUGGAUAAAUUCAGUAACGACCUUAGUUUGUGUCUUCCUGUGUUCUCAAGAUUGAGAAUCCCAGAUGAUCACGCGAUUUCAGACCUAUCCAUGUACAAUUACAUAGAGAUGCGAGCACACGUCAACUCAAGCUGGUUCAUUUUUCAGAAGAACAUGGAGAGAUUUCUUCAUGCGAUUAUGCCAUCGACCUUUAUCCCUCUCUAUACAAUGGUCACUUUUUCCAGGAUAAGAUACCAUGAGGCUGUGCAGCGUUGGCAUUGGCAAAAAAAGGUGAUAAACAAAGGACUCUUUUUCUUGGGAUCACUGAUAGCCAUCAGCAGUACCUACCUACUUAUACACUACAUGUCACCACGACCUUUCCUCCGCUUGAGAAGACCAUGGAACUGGAUAGCUCACUUCUGGAAUACAACAUGUUUCCCCGCAAAGGCCAUGGACUCCCUAGAACAAAUUUCCAAUCUCAUUAGCAGGCUGCUGAGUCACUGAGAAGUCCUUCAAACAUGAUUAAUUAUGAAGAUGAAACACUAGAGUCAUAUAAGAAAUAAAAAUUGGGCAAUAAAAUAAAA